AUGGGGGGUAUUGAUUUCCAUAAGGGCUGUUACACUGGACAAGAGUUGACCAUCCGCACUCAUCAUAGGGGAGUGGUCCGUAAGCGGAUAUUGCCGGUGCAGCUUUAUGAUAUAGACGAAACGAUGCCAAAGACUGAGAUACCGUAUUACUCAUCAGAAUCUAAGUUGGUGUUACCGCCUGCUGGAGCUAAUAUAGCAAAGGUGAGCUCAAAGAAGGGCCGGAGUGCUGGAAAAUUCCUCUCUGGCGUGGGGAAUAUCGGGCUUGCGCUCUGUCGAUUGGAGAUGAUGACGGAUAUUGUUUUUACGGAUGAGUCAUCGCAAUAUGGCCCCGACCAGGAAUUCAAAAUAUCCUGGGAGGCUGAUCCAGAAGCGGGAGUUGAAAAGACUGGGGAGGUUAAGGUUAAAGCGUUGGUCCCACCGUGGAUGAGGGAUUUUAUCGUUAGUGGAGGGGCGAAGAAGCCGAGUAUGCCAACCCCAAAGAGCGAUUAA